UUUUUUUUUUUUUUUUUUUUUUUUAGAAACAGAGAUGUGCCGCGGAGUCUUUUUUUUUUUUUUUUGUAUAUAUAUAUAUAUAUAAUAAUAAUUUAUCAGCCAUGGGAUAGUAAUUUGCUUCUAAAAACUUUUUUCAAUGUCCAAAAUAAUCAACUUUUUAAUUGUGACAGCAGGUCUUUGUUCAAACGUGUAUGGCUUGUAUCAUAUUGUUCAUGAUUUUGCUAUGCCAGGCUAUGGUGGUCACUUUCAGUUCUUGACCAUUAUUGGAUUAUCACUAGCCACACUUGCCUUGGCAGCUCGGAUCCUAAACUUGACAACAGGUGCAUUCAACUUCAUCUACAGCACUUUAUCAGCCCUUGCCACUCCGACGGAAGGAUUGAUCAGUCUGUUCUAUUGGCCUAUUCACUGUUAUGACAAGUACCUGUUACUUCCACAAGAAUUCGAGCAUGAAUUACCACCUUUCCUCGAUAUUUGCAUCCAUCUCCUACCUGCAUGUUGCCUCUUGACCGACAUGUUGCUCUUCAAGUCUUUCAAAAGAUCUCCGCUUCAUAUCUUGGCCAUCUAUGUAUUUGCUUUGGCUUAUUAUUAUUGGGUCAAUGUAUGCUAUGAAGAAAACGGUUAUUGGGUCUAUCCCUUGUUGGCCGAGAUGGGAGAUACGCAACGAGGUCUCUUUUUUGUCUUUUGUGCAUGGGUUUGUGCUUCUAUUUAUAAAACAGUGGCUCGAUGCCAUAUUUGGUUGCAUGGAAGCAAAUCAAAGAAGAAACAAUAAAACAACCGCAAAAAAUACUUCUGGGUUAUGAUUGGCUAAUGAUUCUUUUAAAGAAUACAAUUUAUUUUUUUAUUUUCAUUGAAGGGGGAGUUACUUUUGCAAACUUAAAUUGUUUUUUUUUUAUUCUGAAACUCCCUAGACGUCGCGGGUUUACUUCAAGCUAAGAAACUUUUACGAAUACAAGAGGAAUUUAUUAACGAUUAACUGGAGGAUACUGGGAGUAAUCAAGAGGAAGAGGGGAAAUCUAUCCAGGAAAUGUCUAGAACUUCUUCAAACGUAUUUUUUUUUUAGAAUCACGUGAAGGUCUACACGUCAAUUGACAUGCUAUAUCGUCUAAACUUCAUAGGAUGAUUGAUUUCUGUUCUCCUGUCAUUUACA